CCGCGCGGAAGAGGCGGGACUAGGGCCCUGGUCACUGGCGGCUCCUGAGGGCCGUGGCCGAGGACCGCGACCCCCGAGAGUCCGCCGGAGCCGGGAGAAGAGCGCGGGGCCGGGUCACUCAACCGCGGGCCCGGCGGCCGGCGGGACAGGGUGGGGCUUGGAAGAGGCGGGCGAGCGGCUCGGCCGGGGGCGGGGCCUGGCCCGGGGGCGGCGGGUCGGAGCCCGGGACCUCGCGGGGGGCGGCGCGGCGGGCCAUGCCCGGGGAGUGCCCGUCGCUUUGGGAGCUGGUGGAGGAGCACGUGCCGCCCCCGGAACGGCCCGAAGUGAAGAGGAUUCUGGGGGAGACGAUGGUGGACCUGAGCCUGGAGCUGCGGGCGGAGGUGGUGAUGCUGCGGUCUCUGCUCCGAGAGGCGCGAUCCUCCCGAGCCCCCGCCUCCGACCCCUCCGCGCUGCUGGCCCCGCCGCCCCGGCUCCGAGACCUCGUGCGCCGGGAGCUGCGGCAGCUGCUGCAGGCCCUCCGCCAGAAGGCCGUCUGCGAGGGCAGGGACCAGGCCCAGGCGUGGGUCCAGUACAGCCCCAGGGUGCUGCGCUUUGCCUUGGAGGAGCCCGGGGGUGAUUUCCCAGCGCAGGAGGCAUUCCAGACGCCAGUGGGUGAGCCCAGCAGCGCCCAGAGAGACCUCCAUCUCCUCAAGGACCCCCUGGGCAUGGCCAACAUUGACCAGGUCGCCAGGCACCUGCGGGGCCUCCUGGAGGAGGAGUGUCACACCUUGGAGAGGGAGAUCCCCGUCCUGCAGGUGAGCUGCAGCCCGCCCCGCCCCAGCCUUUCUGCCGAGUGUCCACAGCCGCCUCUCGCCUGGCGUGUCAGCCCUGAGCACGCGUGUCUGUGUGCGUGCAUGCACCUAAAGGCCGUCGCUGCCUGGAAGAGGAGUGCACAAAGGCACGCCGGGCCUCUGAAGCCACCCCCGAGCCCACCCUGGCAGAGCUGCAGGAGCAGAAGACAGCCAUGCAGCAGGAGCUGCAGGCACCGCUGCCGCCUUCCUGUGUCUCCCCCAGCCACAGGCAGCAGCCCUCGGGGUCCUCCAGCCAGGGCCUCCGACCCCUGCCUCGCCUCCGCGGAGCUGCUGGAGUUUGGGCGAGGCCUCUCCAGUGCCACCUGCCCGCUCCUCCUCUGGAACGCAGGCCUCAGGGCCCGGCUGCCGCCUGCCGCUGGGGACGGAAGCUCCCGUGCAGCCCCCAGGAAAGGCCAGCGUCCACCUCGGUGUCCAGCGCGGUGCCCCGGGCCCCGUCCUGACAGCCGGCCACCGCGUUGGCUUCCGGGACUCGCCCCACCUGCUACUUACUGCCGCCUCUCAGUUGCCAUGGCCUCGCCUGCUUCAGGUCUUGUCUUGGAUGGGACCCCAAGGUCCUGUCCGUUGGUCCAACCCUCCUCCCGCCCCCUCGCCAAGCUCCUGGUAUCUGGUCCUGACCAGUCACAGCCUUCGGCCUUUCUCCUCCCAGGCUUUCACAGAAGCCUGGGCGUAGACAGUGCAGAGGGCGCACCCCGGCCCCAGCUCUUGUCUCUCUGCGGGACUCAGACAAAGCACAGAGGCAGCUCAGAGACGGGAAUAGAAAUUUCAUUAAAAUCUAUGGACUUUAAAAUCCUAGUGGUGCACGGAUGGACUGGGGUGGGCGGCGCACCGUUAUUGCUACGGAGAAUUAGAGGCGGCUCUUCCGGGGCUGUCACUGCACAGAGGGACGUGGAGGACGGACACACCGACACGGCAGGGCUUGGGGAAGGAGAUCUGGCUCCAGAGAGGGGACGGUGCACACGGCCUGGAGCCAUUUGGCACAUGAUCAAGGGGAGCCCGAUCUGGGAAGACGGGCCCUUCAGCCUGGCGGCGGGAGCAGGGAAAGGGGGUGUCAUGUAGGGUCCCUUCCCCUGGGCUCUGGGCUCUGAGCUCCACCCUCCUGUGAGCAGCACUCCUCCCCGGCCCAGGGGAACCAGUGCUUUGGGCAGGCUGCUGAGUCAGGGGCCUCCGCUCACUGGGCCUGGCAGCUGGGGCUGCCACGGGGCCAGGAAACCCCAGAGCAGCCGAGUGAGGUGCAGGCAGGCCUGGAAGACAGAUGGGGCCUGAGGCCUGGGGUGAAGGGCGUGGCAACCACAGAUAAGACAGUUCUUA